CUCCCUCUCUCCCUCCCCGCCCAGUGGGCUUCGCUCGAUCGAUCGCUCGACACUCUCUCUCUCCGCGAGAGACACACCUGAGAUACCAUGAAGUGGAGGAUUCCCGCUGCUCUGCUCCUCCUCUUGCUCCUCUCCCUGCUUCCGGAUCAAGGGCGACAUUUGCAUGCGAAUGCGGAGGAGAACGAGGCCUCGGAUGGGGCCGUGAAUCCGCCGAAGGUGGAGGAGAAAAUCGGGGCGAUUCCUGACGCUUUAUCUACUGAUUCCGAAGUUGUUCAAAGGGAGUCGGAGUCGAUUUCCCGAAAAACCUUGCGGAGCAAUGGAGAGAAGUUUGAGUUCCAGGCCGAGGUCUCCAGGCUCAUGGACAUUAUCAUUAACUCCUUGUACAGUAACAAGGAUAUUUUCUUGAGGGAACUCAUCUCCAAUGCUUCUGAUGCGCUGGACAAGAUCAGGUUCCUUUCCCUCACAGACAAGGAGGUCUUGGGUGAAGGAGAGAACACCAAGCUCGAAAUCCAGAUUAAGUUGGACAAAGAGAAAAAGUUGUUGUCUAUUCGCGACCGAGGAAUUGGAAUGACAAAAGAAGAUCUCAUCAAGAACUUGGGUACCAUAGCUAAGUCAGGGACUUCAGCUUUUGUUGAGAAAAUGCAGACUGGAGGUGACUUGAAUUUGAUCGGUCAGUUUGGAGUUGGGUUCUACUCGGUCUACCUCGUUGCCGACUAUGUUGAGGUCAUUAGCAAACAUAAUGAUGAUAAGCAGUAUGUAUGGGAAUCUAAAGCAGAUGGACAAUUUGCAGUAUCAGAAGAUACAUGGAAUGAACCACUUGGUCGUGGGACAGAGAUCAGGUUGCAUCUGAGGGAAGAAGCUAGCGAAUACUUGCAGGAGGAGAAACUGAAGGAGCUUGUGAAAAGAUAUUCUGAAUUCAUCAACUUCCCUAUAUACCUCUGGGCAAGCAAAGAAGUUGAUGUAGAGGUUCCAGCUGAUGAAGAUGAGUCUGCUGAUGAAGAGACAACUGAAAGCAGCAGCUCUGAGGAGGAAGAAGUUGAAGAUGAAGAUGCUGAAAAGAAGCCAAAGACGAAAACAGUGAAGGAAACUACUUAUGAAUGGGAGCGUUUGAAUGAUGUCAAAGCUAUAUGGUUACGUAGUCCAAAGGAGGUGUCUGAAGAAGAAUACACGAAAUUUUAUCAGUCAAUUGCAAAGGACUUUAGCGAUGAGAAGCCACUAUCGUGGAGCCACUUUACAGCUGAAGGAGAUGUGGAGUUCAAGGCUGUUUUAUUUGUGCCUCCUAAGGCUCCUCAUGACCUGUAUGAGAGCUACUAUAACAACAAGUCAAACUUAAAGCUCUAUGUCCGGCGUGUAUUCAUCUCUGAUGAAUUUGAUGAACUUCUGCCAAAAUACCUUAACUUCUUGAAGGGCCUUGUUGACUCCGACACUUUGCCACUCAACGUUUCACGUGAAAUGCUCCAACAACACAGCAGUUUGAAAACUAUCAAGAAGAAACUCAUCCGCAAGGCUCUUGACAUGAUCCGUCGGAUUGCUGAUGAGGAUCCUGAUGAAUCAAAUGAAAAGGAGGAAACAGAUGCUGCAGCGGACUCUGAGAACAAUGAUAAAAAGGGCCAGUAUGCAAAAUUCUGGAAGGAGUUUGGCAAAUCUAUCAAACUUGGCAUUAUUGAGGAUGCAUCUAACAGGAACCGACUUGCAAAACUUCUCAGAUUUGAAAGUACAAAGUCUGAAGGCAAGCUUGCUUCGCUAGAUCAGUACAUAUCAAGAAUGAAGCCUGGACAGAAGGAUAUAUUCUAUCUAACAGGCUCUAGCAAGGAGCAGCUAGAGAAAUCACCAUUCCUCGAGAGGUUAACAAAGAAGGGCUACGAGGUCAUCUACUUCACGGAUCCAGUGGAUGAGUAUCUUAUGCAAUACUUGAUGGACUAUGAAGAUAAGAAGUUCCAAAAUGUGUCCAAGGAGGGUCUGAAACUAGGAAAAGAAUCAAAGGACAAGGAUCUCAAAGAAUCCUUCAAAGAAUUGACUAAGUGGUGGAAAGACGCUCUUUCAAGCGAAGGUGUCGACAGUGUAAAAGUUAGCAACCGAUUGGACCAGACCCCUUGUGUGGUGGUUACAUCCAAGUAUGGAUGGAGUGCCAACAUGGAGAAGAUCAUGCAAUCACAAACCCUUUCAGAUUCUAGCAGGCAGGCAUAUAUGCGUGGCAAGCGAGUACUUGAGAUCAACCCCAGGCAUCCUAUUGUCAAGGAACUGAGGGAGAGAAUUGCCAACGAUCCCCAGGACGAGAGUGUGAAGCAGACGGCAAAGCUCAUGUACCAGACUGCCUUGAUGGAGAGUGGUUUCAUGCUGAGUGACCCGAAGGAUUUUGCCUCCAGAAUCUAUGACUCUGUGAAACGGAGUCUCAAUGUCAAUCCCGAGGCGACUGUAGAAGAGGACAACGAUGUGGAGGAAGAGGCAGAAGCUGAUGUCAAAGAGGAAAAAUCAAAGACUGAUGGAGAUGAUAUGGAGCCAGAAGACCUCAAAGAUGAGUUGUAGCUUGUUAGUAGAUUAGCUGUUUCUCCUCGGUAAUUUUGAUAGCCCAUAGAUUUGUUGAACCAUCCAAGUCUCGAGUAGGCGAGUAUUAACCCAACUGUACGAGUGCCAUUGGGCAGCCAAGAAUUUUUAUGGUGGUUUGAAAGAUUUACACCAAGUAAAAUUUCUGCUGUUGGACA